AUGGAUCCAAAAGAACUGCCUUUAAUUAGACCAAGACAAAAACGCAGUACUUCUAGUCCUUGUAUAAAAUGAAGACACCAAAUAGAAAGACAUCCUAAAGCUACUCUUUUUUGACAGAUUUUUAUAGGUAUUUUUGCUUUUCUUCAUUUUUUGGUUUCUUUUGGAAUCCUCACAGUAAUCUUUAUUCAGAUUCUUCCCGGACACAGAAAAUAUGAGCUAUCCCUUGUUCCUUUGAUUUGCUUAUCAGUUGAAAUAUCUGUAUUAUGCAAUACCAUGCUUGGAGUCGUGAUUUAUCUGCUUGUAAAACGUAAAAAAGGCAUGGCUACUUGGCAUCGGUCAGUGAUAGGAAUCUUAAUUAGAAAUAUUUUUAUUUCGGCAGCCUUUGUGAUUACCCUGAUACUAUCAAUAUUUUAUAUAGAAACCACUAGAAAAAGCAUACUUAUCCAUUCAGUGUCCACUAUAUCUGCUCCAUUGAUUAUCCUUUGUAUCAUUUCGAUCCUAAAAAUAGUCUUUUUAGAGACCUCUUAUACCUGGUAUUGGCUAUCUCUGAAUAUUUUAGGCCUUUCUGAAAUUUUUAUAUUAAUUAUGAAAGAAGAUUAUGACUAUAGAAUAUCCUGAUGUGUAUCAUUGACCCCUAUAUGGCUAUUCUUCAUUAUUCAUCUGGCUUUUUCUUUUACUUUAUUCACAGUAAAAUCAAGGAAUAUUGCAAAAUUGCUUUUAGUGUUUUCUAUGAUUGGGUCUAUAUGUGGAAGUAGUUCGAUAGCCUUUUUAGCAGUAUUUUUAGAUGGGCAUGAUAAUAGCUGAGAUAAAUUUAUGAUGUUUGGGUGGGCUGCUCUUUUUUGGUUUACCUUUGCUUAUGCCUAUAGCUUUGGAAAAUGGGCUAUAGGCACUUUAUUUUGUCAUAUAGAGUUUGAAUUUAUUCAAUCAAAAAAGCGUCUUAAUUUAAGAGCUAAAACUUGAGAAGUUUUAUUAUAA